AUGGCUAGAAAUAUUUUGUCAACUAGUUUGACAAAUGCAUUUUUUAAUAUUAAUCUACAAAUUUUAUGCCGUGGUAUAACAUUUUUUCUAAAUGUGUUUAUUAUACGACAUGUUGGUGAAAAAGUACUUGGUGUUAUGAAUGUCAGGCUCCUUCUGCUGGAGUCAGUCAUAUUUAUGAUAUGUCGAGAACCUUUUUUAAAAGCUUGUCUAACCGAUGCAUCAGCUCAUAAUUGGGCUCAAGUUGUCAACAUGUUCUGGAUACUAGUACUAAUUUGGUCAGUGAUAUCAAUUUUUUUUGGAUUUAUAUGGCUGUAUGUACUAUCUACAGUUGAAGACUUACCAUUAUAUUACGAUUUUGCAGUUUAUGCUGUAGUUAUUUCCUGUAUUAUUUAUUUCUUUUCCUUAAUAAUACAAUUAGUACUGAGUACAUUUCUUUUUGUACGGUGUAAGAUUGCAAUAGAAACUGUUACAAUCGUGCUUCGUACAGUAAUAUUUGUUCUGAUAGUUUUAUAUCAACCGGACAGUGCAUUGUUGGCUUUUGGUGUUGCCCAAAUAGUUGCGACAUUAUUUUACACAAUAACUCCUUACAUUUAUAUUAAUUGGUAUAUUAAAAAUAAUCUAAAGCGAAGUAAUAAUGAUGAUCAUCAAUCAACUUCAAGUCAGGAUAAGCAAGAAAAUAGAAAAAAUUCUAAAAAUGUCAAUGAAGAUUUUCCUUUUAAAUCUGUAGCUGAAUUUUUCCCGUCUCAGCUAGAAAAUAAGGUAAAAGUUCAAGAAAGUGUUGAUGUAUUGAAGCAUUUGACGUCCUGUUUGACAUCGUUUGGUUUAGUAGUUUUAGUAUUCGGUCAAUAUUAUUCAUCAACCCUACUUUGGUUAUACGGUGGAGAUAAACUGACCAAUGAUCUUCCUAUUCUUCUGAUGAGAGUCCACAGUAUUUCCAUAUUAUUAUUAGCAAUAAAUGGAAUAACAGAAUGUUAUACAAAUGCGACAGCAGACAAUGAUAUAAUUAAUAGAUAUUAUAUUUAUUUUUUCCAAUCAAUAGCAUUUUUUGUCACAUCAUAUACAUUUACUAGAUGGCUGGGUCCAGUUGGUUUGAUAUUUGGAAACUGUGUAAAUAUGAUAAUUAGAAUUUAUUAUUCAAUUAUAUUUAUUACGCAAAGACACUUGCCAUUAAAGAACUAUAAACCACUACGUGGUUUAAUACCCACAAAAUUCUUCUUUUUGUCUCUCAGCAUUUCCAUUUUCAUCACUGGUGUAUCUCAUUCUUAUUAUUUUCCUAACUACAAAUUUUUCCAUGUUUUUAUUGGAGGUAUAAUGUUCUGCAUAGUAUUAUUAUCAUGGGGAUAUGAGAACCGAGAUUUACUUCAAUUAGCUAUCAACAAGUGGAAGCAUAAAAAUACUGAAGAGCAAGCAAAAAAAAAGUAAUUAAUUAUGUACAUUGA